AUGGCUAAUAUGUUGGAAGAUCAAUAGAAAUCUACUUUGUAAGUGGCUUAUAAUUAAGUUAUUACAAAGUCUAAACUUCUUAGAUCAUUCAGCUUAUUAGAUACAGUUACCAUUUAACCAUUUAAGAAAGUAUUUUAAAUUGAUAAUCGAGGAAACUAACAGGAGUGUCAAAGUAUUUAUUGUUAAUAGUUUCAUUAGGCCUGUUUAUACAAGAUUAACGAAAUUUAUGAAUUAUUAGAGAGUUCAUUGUAAAGUUCUAUUUUCACUUUAGAAAAAAUAUUUUGA